AUGCCGCGAGCGGUUUCGAACAAGGUCACCUCGGCGCAGACGCAGGCGGCGAACGCCGCGCCGCGCGCGGCACACUCGCAACAGAAUACGAGCGCCACGACGAAAAAUCCCAUCUUUAACACGGAAAAAUUCGGCCAACAUAUCCUCAAGAACCCGCUCGUGGCCCAGGGCAUCGUCGACAAGGCCGCCCUCAAACCGACCGACACGGUGCUGGAAGUCGGUCCUGGUACGGGUAAUCUGACGGUACGCAUUCUGGAAAAAGCGAAAAAGGUCACGGUCGUCGAAAUGGAUCCGCGCAUGGCUGCCGAGCUCACCAAGCGUGUGCAGGGAAAGCCCGAACAGCGCAAACUGGAAAUUAUCCUCGGCGACGUCUGCAAGACGGAACUACCCUACUUUGACGUGGUCAUCUCCAACACGCCUUACCAGAUUUCCUCGCCGCUCGUGUUCAAGCUCCUGUCGCACCGGCCGCUGUUUCGCUGUGCGAUUCUCAUGUUCCAGCGCGAGUUUGCGCUGCGCCUCGUCGCGCGCCCGGGCUCGCCGCUGUGGGGGCGCCUGAGCGCUAACGUCCAGCUGUACGCCAAGGUCGACCAUAUCAUGAAAGUCGCACGCGGCUCCUUCCGUCCGCCGCCGCAAGUCGACAGCUCGGUGGUGCGCAUCGUGCCGCUGAAUCCCCCGCCGGCGAUCCGCUUUGAAGAGUUUGAUGGCCUGACGCGCAUCGUCUUUUCGCGGCGGAACAAGCAGCUGCGUGCGUGUUUCUUUGGCGCGCGCGGCGUCCUCGAGAUGCUCGAGGCGAACUGGAAGACGUGGUGCGCCGAACACAACCACGUCCCGGACCCGAACGAGUCGUUUGCGUCCAAGGUCGACGGCGUGCUGCAGCGCCUCGACAUGGCCGAGUGCCGCGCGGCGAAGCUCGACGUAGACGACCUGCUCGCGCUCCUCUCGGCGUUCCACGAAGAGGGGAUCCAUUUCUAA